AUGGAUUCCAGAUCGCCUGAGGACGGGAUGUCGCCCGUGUCCUUCGCCCUGGCACAUCAGCGACCUAAGUCGAGCUUCCAGGGCUGUUCGAGGAUUACGGAUUAUGUUCUGUUGGGAAAGCUGGGUGAGGGCACCUUUGGUGAAGUCCAUCGAGCCCGCUCAAAGAAGACGAAUGCGCUCGUCGCGCUGAAGAAAAUUAUUAUGCACCACGAGAAGGAUGGAUUUCCCAUCACAGCGCUAAGAGAGAUUCGCCUACUCAAGCUCCUCUCCCACAAGAACGUCCUCAGCCUUGAAGAUAUGGCCGUGGAACACUCACAGAGACCAACGGACAAACGCAGGAAACCUAUUAUGUACAUGGUCAUGCCUUACAUGGAUCACGAUUUGUCCGGUCUACUCGACAAUCCCUCUGUACACUUCACUGAGCCGCAGAUCAAGUGCUACAUGGUCCAGCUGCUCGAAGGUCUCCGAUACCUGCACGAGAACCGAAUCCUCCACCGCGACAUGAAGGCUGCCAAUCUUCUCAUCAACAACAAGGGCAUCCUACAAAUCGCCGACUUUGGCCUAGCGAGAUUCUACGAAGGACCCCGGCCCAAACCCGGCCUGGCCAUGGGCGAAGGCAGGAGAGAGUAUACCGGACUUGUAGUUACGCGCUGGUACCGCCCCCCCGAGUUGUUGCUGCACCUGAAGAGGUAUACGACAGCGAUUGACAUUUGGGGAGUUGGCUGUAUCUUCGGUGAGAUGCUCGUCGGUAAACCGAUUCUCACGGGUGAGUCGGAUGGUCACCAGCUAGAGCUCAUCUGGGACCUGGUCGGAUCACCGACCGAGGAGAAUAUGCCCGGUUGGAAGAACCUUCCUGGCGGUGAUGUCUUAUCACCUCGCCCGAGACCGGGUUGUCUUUCUACGCGCUUCAAGGAAUAUGGCGCAGGAGCCGUAUCUCUACUGAAGGAUCUCCUCAAGCUCGACUGGAGGACAAGGGUAAACGCCGUCGAUGCCCUCCAACAUCACUACUUCAAGAUGGCGCCACUUCCCGCGAAUCCAGCCGAUCUACCCAGCUUCGAAGAGAGCCACGAGUUCGACAGGAGGAAAUUCCAGGAUCGCAGGGCCGGGCUGCCACCCGCACCCAAGGGAGGAACGGUCGGCAAAGGUCCCGAAGGCGCCAACGGUGCCACGGCUGGCCUCAAUACUACCGAUAGCUUCGGUAACAGGAAUGGCGUUAACGGCGGUCGGUACGGGAGCACCGGUCCCUCGCGUAACGGUACUGACGACCGACGACCUGCCUGGCAACGAGGCGAACGUGGCCUACCCCCGCGACCACCUCCACCGGAGAAGAAUGGCUGGGACGCUGCCGACAGCGAUCCGUACAGGGAACGUGAUCGACGACCUAGGAGUAGAGGAAACCGUGGUGCCGAUAUCGACACUUAUAUCCCUAGUUACGGUAGUGGUGCUCCCCCUGGCGGCGGUGGCGGUGGUGGCGGACGGCAUAGGGAUGAGUGGUCGCAUCGCGAUGAUCGCCGACGCAGGGACAGUAGGGAUGAUCGGGAUCGAUGGGACCGAGAAAGGGACCGGGAUCGUCGGACGAGGAGCCGAAGCAGGUCUCCCGUUAGGGACAGGGAUGUGUAUUCCCGUCGAUAG